UUGUUUUCCUCCUUUGUUCUCGAAAGUUCCGCCUCGUAUUCUGCUAUCGUUCUGUCUAACACUACAAAUAUUUCUUCAACGGCAGCAGUUAGUCGCCGAUCCACCAACGCUCUCAACAUUUGUAAUGUAGACAUUUUCACACAAUCACAACACUUUACUCUCACACUUGAUCUCUACUUAGCGAUGUGUUGAUAACUUCUGUGUCUCUUUGUUAGCAGCUAACAAGCUAAGCUAACUUGCGAGCUAAGCUAACUAACAAGCAAAGAUAGCACGAGAAGCGGCACAGUGCUUCUAGCGCUUCGAGACGAUGUUGUCCUUAAAUAAAGAAUCAAAUAUGUAUUUUUUACGACGUAAAUAUUUUUAAACUGGAGAACAAAUAAUAAGACUGACUUAUUAGCGUCCUGCGCACCUCUUUUACCGUCGAAUUGCUUUCACGACCUGCGAUGAGGUGGCGACUUGUCCAGGGUGUACCCUGCCUUCCGCCCGAGUGUAGCUGAGAUAGGCGCCAGCGCCCCCCGCGACCCCGAAAGAGAAUAAGCGGUAGAAAAUGGAUGGAUGGAUGCUUUCACGACAGUUACCACACUUGACGUUACAAGGCAGUGCUAACUGUCGUGAAAGCACUUUGACGAAGAAAAAAAACACAGGACGCUAAUAAGUCAGGCUUACUAUUUCUUAUCCACUUUGCAAUAUUUAGGUCGUAUAAAAUACAUAUUUGAUUUCUUUAUUUAAGGAUAAAGUCGUCUCGAAGCGCCAGAAGCACUGUGCCGCUUCUGGUGCUAUCUUUGCUUGUUAGUUAGCUUAGCUCGUUAGUUAGCUUAGCUUGUUCGCACACAUCGCUAGGUAGAGAUGAAGUGUGAGAGUAAAGUGUUGUAAAACGUGUGAAAAUAUGCGAAAAAACGAUAGCAAAGUAGGAGGCAGAACUUUGUCCAACAAAAGAGGAGAAGGAGCGACAACAUCAAUUCCUGGAUUUUUAUUAUAAGAAACAUCAUCAAGUUGUGUUACACAGGACAGACGUCUGUGAGGAACAUCUUCUCUCUGAGCAACAGGAGUGGAACUUCAGAAUGGUGAAGGAGGAACCACAGCCCUCUUACUUGAAAGAGGAAGACAAAGACCCACUCACUCCCCACUUCAAAGACGAAGAGGAGGUGCCAGAGACCCCACACUUUAUAAAGAAAGUGAAGGACCCACUGACCUCCAACAUUAAAUGGAACAAGAAGGAACCACUGACCCCCCACUUUAAAAAGGAAGAGGAGGCGCCACAGACUUUGAACAUUAAAGAAGAGGAGGUGGAACACAGCAUCAGUCAGGAGGGAGAGCAUAUUGAAGGACUGGAGGAGUUCCCAGUGACUGGUGUCCCCGUGAAGAGUGAAGAUGAUGAGGUCAAAGGCGAAAGUGAGGAGAGGGGAGGGGGGGAGCCUCCAAGCAGCAGCUCAACACAACACAUGACAACAGAAGCUGAUGGAGACCACUGUGGAGGAUCACAAGCAGACAAGCUCUUAGCUCCACUAUCAGAUAGUGAGGACACAACGUCACACUCUCCUGACACUGAUGAUGAAGACUCUAAAGAUGAUAAGACAUGUCACACUGACAACACUCACUUCAAAUGUUCUCACUGUGACAAAACCUUUAAAUACCAUAGUCAUCUGAAAAAACACAUGAGAACACACACUGGAGAAAAACCUUUUAUCUGCUCAGUAUGCAACAAAGGUUUUGGACAACGUCAAAAUUUGAAAAGACACAUGAGAAUACACACUGGAGAAAAACCUUUCAUCUGUUCAAUAUGUGGUAAAGGUUUUACAGAAGGUCAGAAUUUGACAAGACACAAAAGAACACACACUGGUGAAAAAUCACAUUCCUGUUCAAUCUGUAGUAAAUAUUUUGUACAAAGUCAACAUUUGAAAGUGCACAUGAGAACACACACUGGUGAAAAACCUUUUUCCUGUUCAAUCUGUGGUAAAGGUUUUACACAAAGUCAUCAUUUGAAUGUACACAAGAGAACACACACUGGUGAAAAAUCAUUUUCCUGUUCAAUCUGCAACAAAAGCUUUUGUGACCAAUCAAACCUUAUAAGACACAUGAGAAGACACCCAGGAGAGAAAGCGUUGAGUUGCAGUGUGUGUUUUGAAAGAUUCUCUUAUAAGUACCAGUGUGAGAAACACACGUGUGCUGGUGAGAACAGCAGCAGCAAAUGAAACUGCAGGAUUUUAAAUAAACUGUCAAGACUUUAAUUUUGACUUUCAACAACAUCAGCACAUAUAACAUGUGUGACAUUGUUGUUGGUGUAACAGUCUUUUCAAUAUGCUUCUACAUUUAUGGAUUAGAUAUUUUAUAUUAGUGCUUUUUUCAGUCAAGCACAUGCAUUAAUAUGCAAAAUUGUGUACUUUUAUUAAAAAAUGGACAAUCAUUUGUGUAAAAAGGUGAGAGUAAACAGUACGAGACAUAUUUUACAUGCAAUAAACAUUUUAUGUGUGUGUAUAUAUAUAUAUAUAUAUAUAUAUAUAUAUAUAUAUAUAUAUAUAUAUGUAUAUAUCCAUCCAUCCAUUUCCUACCGCUUAUUCCCUUUUUGGGUUCGCAUGGGCGCUGGCGCCUAUCUCAGCUACAAUCGGGCGGAAGGCGGCGUACACCCUGGACAAGUCGCCACCUCAUCGCAGGGCCAACACAGAUAGACAGACAACAUUCACACUCACAUUCACACACUAGGGCCAAUUUAGUGUUGCCAAUCAACCUAUAUAUAUUUUUUUUUUUUCAUUAUACAAUGUUAUACUUAUUCAUAUGAAAAAUUGAAGUAUUACAUAUUUGUAUUUUUAAUUGCUAAUAAUCUCAUAGAUUAGCACCUUUACAUGACAUACGUAUUUACUGGUUCACAUCUGAAACAUCUUCUGGACCACUUCAGGAAGCAUAUUAUUAUUUACUUUAUACAUCAUUUGAACAGUUGUCUUUUUUGCAAUUCUAAAAUGUGUGACUUUAUGAAUCAUUUGUUGGGUCUCUAAAAUCCAUUUUAUUAAUUAUCUUCAUUACUCUGUAUUAUGAUGAUUGUGUUGUGAUUGUUUUAUAUGUAUGUCCCCAGACCUUUAUGCAAUAUAAAAGUGAGAGAAAAUGGAAUGUUUUUUAUGGAUGGAAGGUUUUGUUUUUACGAAUUUGUGUAUAUAUCAAAUAAAUCCAAUAUUCUGUUUGAAACAUUUUUUCUGUUUUUUUUUUUUUAACAUCCCAAAACAACAUCAAUAUCAGUCAAAGUUUGGAGUGCCAGGCAAAAGCCAAUAUUGUACAUCA